AUGUAUUCCGGAAGGAGAGAGUUAGCGUUUAUAAUUCUGAUUACGUUAGCUGUGAAACCAGGACAACAACAGGAAGGAUAUCAAUCAAUCGCACGUCUAACCAACCUUGGUACCGAAUUUCAGCCUGCUAAUAGCAACGAGAAUAUCGGUACUUUAAGCAAUGUGAAUAGUUUAAUCCGUUGUUUCAGUUAUUGCAAUCAGAAUUCUCAGUGUGGCACAUUUGAUUAUGAUUAUACGAGUUUUCGUUGUCGAUUAUUUCAGGCACACCUAACAUAUGGUACUGUGAUGAUGUCAUCUUCAUCUACUAGUACAGUUGGCGCAUUAUACGGUCAAAACCAAUACAAUGCAUAUAAUCAGUCAUGUGAUAACCGUAACAUAAAUUGGUAUUUGGUAUGUAAUAAAACAUCAAAUUUAUUCGAGUGUCCACCACAUCAGUUUUGGAACGGAACAUUAUGUUUAAAUCAACUGUACUACAAUUUUAAAUGCAAUGCCACAAACUGGUGUAGGAAUGAUGUUGGCUUAAUAUGUACCUUCGAUGGUUUAUGUGGAUGCAAUGAUUCUCAACAAUGUUGGAACGGGUCAUUUUGCUCAAACUAUUCGUGCUUAGUACCCACAACUACUGCUCUGUCCUCAACAACUGUUAGGUGGACCUCGAUAUCGCAUAAUACGUUAACUAUCACUACCCCCCGUCCCAAUCCAUCAAUAUGUCAACUUGAUCUUUCAUCAUCAUCUACUAAUCAAAUACUAUUGCAUUUAUUUAAUCCAUUGAGUACAACAACACAACAAUAUAAUAAUACAUUUAUUGCUAAUUCAACUUGGACAACAUUAACACUUUCAUUACGUAGUGAUACUAGUAUUUGGUAUUUAUAUGCUGUGUAUAUUUAUGAUCAAACACAAAUAACAGGUCAGAAUAUAUUAUUAAAUGGCGAUUAUGGUACUGGUACAUUAUAUGGUUGGACUAUAAUGCCUUCUAUCAAUCCAACAAUUAGCCCUGGUUCUUAUGUGGUUUGGACGGGUAGUAAAAUUCUUUGUCAAACAUUUCCAACUGUAAUCGGUAAUACAUAUUUAAUUCGAUAUUCAAUGUGGUCUCUCAGUACAACGCCAUAUAUA